AUGGAUGUUCAGCACCCAUCGGACGCGCCCGAGUCCCUGGACUCCGUUGUCACGACGGAAGAGCCUCUCAGAAAUGAUCCAACUCAAAGACUAGGAAUGACUACUGGAAGACGCGCGCUGAUUACAGGUGCUUCAGCUUUCACUAUGGGCUUCUGUCUCGGAUUCUACAAAGCCAACAGCACUUCGAUCUAUCGUUUCCGCGCGGAGAACGCACACCGGCAGCCCACGACUUCAAUGGCAUGGUGGCAAUACCAUAAGACGCGCAGAUAUGUCGCUAUCAUCGCAGGUACAAAAGAGGCAUUUAGGAUGGGACCUAAGCUAGGCGGCGGUGCGAUGGUCUUUACCAUACUUGAGGAUAUCGUGGAUCAAGCCCGGAACGGCCAGCGGGAUUUUCUGUCUUCAGUUGUCGCAGGCUUGUCAUUCUCAAGCCUUUACAGCCUAUUUGCGCAACAUGAUAUGUUCACUAUGGCUCGCACCGCCAAGUUCAGUUUGAAAUUAGGCCUCACGUACGGGUUAAUUCAAGACGGCCUCGCAUGCUUGAAGGGCCAGCCGCCUGCCUAUGUCAACUUCAUCGUUGGCAAGCCUCAGACGAAAGCUGAGUGA